AUGUCGCGAGGCGCUGUCUCGGUACGCCACGGCGGGUCGACCGCGCCCCAGCUCGACGAGGACGAGACAUGCCCCGUGUGCAAGACCACCCGCUACUUCAACAGGGACAUGGAGUUCCGCAUCAACCCCGAGUGCUACCACCGCAUGUGCAAGACCUGCGUGGAGCGCAUCUUCAAGGACGGCCCCAACCAGUGCCCCUACGCCGGCUGCAACAAGACGCUGCGCCUCCGCGGCUUCAGGUCCGCCUUCUUCGGCGACCUGACGGUCGAGCGCGAGGUCGACAUCCGCCGCCGCGUCGCCGCCAUCUUCAACAAGGUCGAGGACGACUUCGAGGACCUCGACGCCUACAACGACUACCUCUACAUGGUAGAGUGCCUGACCGAGGACCUCGUCAGCGGCACCGACGACGCGAGGAAGAAGGCCGAGGGCCAGCUGCAGGAGUGGGAGGCCCAGCACAAGGCCGACAUUGAGCGGAACAAGCGCCUCGCGCGGGAGACGGAGGACGCGCGGCAGAAGCGCCUGUCCUCGGAGAAGGAGGCGGCCCGCCAGCGGAGGAUGCUUGAGCUGCAGGAGGAGGCGGACGAGAAGGCCAGCGCGGCGCGGUUCCGCGAGGAGAUGCUCACGUCCCUGCAGAGCGCCGAGGCUGGCAAGGCGAGCGAGGCCAUGGACAAGAUCCUGCUCAGGAAGCGCGGGCAGCAGCGGCGAGACGCGGUCCUCGAAGCGGCGGCCGCAGCGACUGGCGGGAGCGGGCUGUCCAUCCGUGGUCUCAGAGAGAAGAAGGUGCAGGUCGUUGAUAAUAAGCCAUAUGAUCCGUUCGGUGGAUUGGAUAUGACGACAACGAGGAUCGAUCUGUCCAACGAGAAACUUAGCGAGUACAAGAGCGACAACCUGGAUCGUGCCAGGAGACGGGACGAGCACAAGGCAGGGGGCUACUCGGCCGAAGAGUAUCUCAGCAGAGCUCUCUUCGAAGCCUUUUCUGGGCUGGGCGUCUUCGUUGAAGAGGAUAAGAUGGCAAAGGGCGUGUCCACAGCUGGUGCAGCCCUAGCAGCCGCCACUGGGCAGACUGGCGGUAAGAUGGACGUUGACGACCUAUUCUGA